GUCCUAUAUAGCACAAACACUUCAGAUCGAAGACGAAUCUAGUGUCCAGCACGUAUCAGUGCCACUGUCAUACACCAACACUACAUCGGCACACUCUCAUUUUCUUAAAUUAUUAGCGGUGUAUAUGUCUCAAUGAAGUUUUCUGUUUGGUGUCUAUAUUGUGUCAGUGCUUUGUAGUCGUUGUCUAGCUUAUCCAUCUAAUUAACUUUUCUGUUUGGAUCCUCUAGUGGUUUUCUCCUCACAUGACCAAACCAAACAUAGACAAGGUUUUGAUUGUAAGGAUCAUAUGAUUGAAGAUUAGGAUAUGUUGCUUUAAGUCUUUUGGUGGUUAUAACAUAUGAAGUGAAGUCUUUAGUAAUGUCUUAACAUACAAACAAUGGGGUCUCAAGUUGUUGGUGAUAAUAACGAAAUGCAUUCGCAACUCCAGCCAUUGGCACGGCAAAACUCAAUGUACAAUCUUACACUCGAUGAAGUUCAGAGUCAAUUAGGCGACUUAGGAAAGCCGCUAAGUAGUAUGAACCUUGAUGAACUUCUGAAAAACGUAUGGACUGUCGAGGCAAACCAAUCCAUUCAUAUGGACAAUGAGAAUGCAGCUCAAGCUGGUCAACUUGCUUUGCAGCGUCAACCUAAUCUGUCGAUAACCGGUCCAUUAAGCAAGAAAACAGUUGAUGAGGUAUGGAGAGAUAUCCAAAUGAGCAAAGAUACAAAUGAGACGAGGUCUCAAGAGAGGCAAUCUACUUUGGGAGAGAUGACAUUAGAGGACUUUUUGGUGAAAGCCGGCGUUGUUUCGAUUGCAUCUUCUAAUAGAAAGAAUACUACUACUGAUCCUAAUGUUGGUGUUACUGUCGAUCCAAAUGUAGCGUUACCGCAAUUUGCUCCGCAUGGUCCGUGGAUGCAGUAUGCGCAACCACAUUAUCAGCAUCCACAACAAAGUGUGAUGGGGAUGUAUGUUUCGGGCCAGAAUAUCCCACAGCCAUUGCACAUGGCGGCUGCUGGUGCUCCAUUGGAUGUUGCAUUUGGAGAUGGUCAGGUGGCAUUGGCUUCACCGGUGAUGGGAAACUUAUCCGAUUCAAAGAAAUCUGCGAGGAAACGGGGCUUACCGGAGGACAUGGCAGAGAAGACCGUUGAGAGGAAGCAGAAGAGGAUGAUCAAGAAUCGGGAAUCGGCUGCACGUUCGAGAGCAAGGAAACAGGCAUACACAACUGAAUUGGAGAUCAAAGUCUCGCGUCUGGAAGAGGAAAAUGAAAAGCUGAGGAAAGAGAAGGAGCUUUACAACAUGUUAGCCAAUGCUCCACCUCCCGAACCAAAAUGUCAGCUUCGCCGCGUAUCAUCGGCUUCAUUCUGAGAUAUGUAUCUAUAUAUAGGGAGGUUUGUAGAUAUGAGCAUCAAUGAUAUGGUCCUUUUAGUUUAUUAUGAGUUGAAAAAACUACCUUAGCUAUUUGAUGCAUUUGCAUUCAA